GAUAAGCUAGAUACAGAGUCCAGAGUUCAGAGUUCAGACACCAUAUAUAGCAUCAGCGGCGGUGACACCAUGCGCGCUCAGGCGAGCAUCCUGCACCGUGUCGCCCUCGCCACCACCGGGCCAGGCGAGACGUCGUCGUCUCCGGUGAGCAUGGUGGCCCCGGAGCAGCAGCAGCAGCAGACAGCGCCUGUCAUAACAGUGAACUCGGACAUGGUGAUAAUCCUGGCCUCCCUGCUGUCCGCGCUCGUCCUCGCCCUCGGCAUCGCCCUCGUCACCCACUGCGCAUGCAGACGCCGGCGCUCCGCCAACUCUCCUCCGCCCCCCAAGGGCCUCAAGAAGAAUGACAUCGAUGCGCUCCCUGUCGUAUGUUUCGCUGCCGUGGCUCCACCGCAGUCAUCGUCGUCGUCCUUAGAGUGCGCGAUCUGCCUGGCCGAGUUCAUGGAGGGGGAGGGACUGCGCGUGCUCCCGCGGUGCGGCCACGGCUUCCAUGUCGCAUGCGUCGACGCCUGGCUACGGACCUGCGCCACAUGCCCCUCCUGCCGCGCCCCCAUCGUUGCCACGCCCACUGUGGUGGUAGUAGUGGCGACGAACAACAGGUGCGAGAGGUGCGGCGAGGUGGCAGCGCCUAACCGUGGCGUCGAGGACAUGUCCUUACCCCCAUUUUCUUAAUUCUCUGCUUUUUAGCUAGCCUGGCUGUCGAUCUGAUGUCUCUUGACAGGCUAGUUUUGCAAAGUAAAACUUGUGUUUACUUAAGAUUUGUAAUUUAAUCAGGCCCUGUACUGGCUUGCUGCAUUCGGCGUCCAGCAAAACAUUGUG